UUUUGCAAUGAAUGCAGGAUAAUAGAAUUAAGAAAUUCAAAAACGCACGAACUUUACUUCAUUGUUAUUGCAAUCUUCAUUACCUUGCACGAGUGAGAUACAACGACUUCGUAUUCCUCUCUCGUUUAUUCUAAAUAUCGUGCUCCCAAGAAGUAUAUUGAGGUAAGAAGAAUAAACGUUAUCGCUUCUAAUUGUUUAAAAACAAUCGUACGUCGCUGCUGUGAAGUUACAUGUCAGAAUCUACCGAAUGUUCAAACUUUUUCGAAGUUUUCGAAACGGGAGCGAUUCUUCGAGCCGGUCACAAGUCGAGAUUCGAAACAACGGUCUGCGAAGAUGGCGGUAAAUCUAUAGAGGGCACACUCACUGCCGAAGAACGAAUCCCACGAAUGUCUGCGGUGACGUCGGUUGCUAGGCUAAAGUCACGCCUUUUGUCGCGUUACGCAUUCGUCCCGUCAUCGGGGCUAAUUUGACGUUUCGGAAUAGAAAGAAGUAUAUUGUGUGUUAUAAAUUCUUUCGUAAUUGAUUAACGUUAAUUUGCAAAAUGAACAGGCUCUUCGGACGCGCGAAACCUAAGGAACCGCUACCAAGUAUCACAGACUGCAUUGCAGGCGUUGAUAGUAGAGCGGACUCUGCAGAGAAGAAAAUAGCCCGGUUGGAUGCCGAACUUAAAAAGUACAAGGAUCAAAUGGUCAAGAUGAGAGAUGGACCGGCUAAGAAUGCGGUGAAGGCCAAGGCUCUGCGUGUAUUGAAACAAAGAAAGAUGUACGAGGCCCAAGUAGACAAUUUGCGCCAGCAGGCCUUUAACAUGGAACAAGCAAACUAUGCUACUCAGACAUUAAAAGAUACCCAGGCGACUGUAGUUGCUAUGAAAGAAGGCGUUAAGCAAAUGCAAAAGGAAUUUAAGAAUAUCAAUAUUGAUCAGAUCGAGGAUAUGCAGGAUGAUUUGGCAGAUAUGUUAGAACAAGCUGAUGAGGUACAGGAAGCGAUGGGUCGCAGUUACGGAAUGCCAGAAAUUGAUGACGACGAACUGGCAGCAGAAUUAGAAGCUCUUGGUGAUGACCUUGCUUUGGAUGAAGAUACCAGCUAUUUAGACGAAGCUAUUAAAGCACCUAGUGCUCCUGACAAAGAACCUGGAGCAAGUUCUAUUAAGAACAAGGAUGGUGUUCCAGUAGAUGAGUUUGGCUUGCCACAAAUACCUGCUAGUUAAAUAUUUAAGAAUACAUCAAAAUUAUGAAUAAGGCAAAUAAGCUUAAGAUUAUUCCUAUGCAUGCCCAAAGAUGUAUGAUCUUUUCAAAACAGGACAGACAGCUUUUUUAAUUAACACUCAUACGACACAAAUAAUGCUCUAACAAUAUUUCAUUAACGUAACGCGCAAAA